AUGUUCCAGUUCAGCAAGUACCCCAUGGAGAUCCUGGAGAUGCUGAGUGGACACCAGGCGCAUCAGUUCAAGGGACUGGGCUUGGACCGGCAGCUGAGCCACCAGCAGCAGGUCCAGCUUCAACACCAGCAGCAGCUCCAGCAGCAGCACCAGACCCCUGCCGACACGUCCGGUGGUCUGCUGUCUGGCCUGGGCCUGGGAAGCCUACCCACCUCGCGCGGCAACGCCUUUGCGGAUUCGUCCUCCCUUUUCGCCAAAAUGAGCGCCCCGCCCCCGUCCAUCUCGCACCAGAGUCAGUCCACGUCGUCGUCUUCGUCCGUUCACGGCUCCAGAAAGUCCGGCAAAAUGAGCGGCGGAGGCGGGACGGGCGGCUCCUCGUCGGGUUACCCGCAGUUCCUUCGACCGUUCCACCCGGCCGAGGCGCUGGCGCAGGAGCAGCUGCACUCGGGAAUGGGGCGCUUUGACUUUGGAGGGGGCGGAGCCGGCGGCGGGGCCGGGGUCCUGCCCACGCCGCCCCCGCCGCUACACCCUGGACUGUCGGUGCCGCAGCCCUCCCCUGGCCCCUCGGCCUCCUCCUCGUCUACCUCCACCUCCGUCUCAGCGUCCGGGAACCCCCCCGGCGGUGCAACGGUCCCCCUGGUGGGUCAGUCAGACCCUCGCAGCCUCCACCAGCAGUUCAGCUGCAUGCUGGCCGCCAACCAAUACUUCCUGUCAGGGGUCCCCACCAACAGCAGCCUGGAGCAGUUCCUGGUCCAGCAGGGCACUCACAACCACUUGGGCUUGGGUCUGGGCCAGGGCGCGGCCGAGUCCAAUUCGUCUUUGGCCCCUCCCCCAACCCUGCACUCCUCCCACGGACAUUCGGCGCCACAAGCGCCUCAGCAGCAGCAGCAGCUGACCCCCCACGCCUUAUCUCACCCCCACAGUCACACGCACCAUCCUCACCCGCUGCACCCGGCCCCCCAACCUGCUCCCCUGGGGGGUUUCGAUUUUCAAAGCAUUCCGGUGCUGUCGUCCAAUCAGAUCGCUUCCCUCAUGCAACAGGAGGCGGGCCUCCCUUUGCCCCUCCCCCUCCACUUGUCCCUCCCCAAAGAUGAGGCCGCCAAGUCAGAAGGCUCGUCUAUGUCGCUGUCGGGCGGCGGUAGCAGGCGUAAAAAAGCCAUGGCGGGCUACCUCCCGCAGAGGAAGGCGGAAAGUCACGCACACGCCCCCUCGGGCGCUCAUCGCCACGGCUCUCCCGCCUCGGGCUUAGUGGGAGGGGCCUCCGGAGGCGUCGGGAUGAGCGAGCAGCACUCGUCUCUCCUCUCGUCUCCGUCCCAACACGCCUCGUCCUCCGCCGUCUCCUCUUCUUCCUCAUCCUCUUCUUCUUCCUCCUCCUCCUCCUUGUCGGCCCCGCCCUCCUCCACCUCCGCGCUGGUAGACGUCGACCAGCACUUGCCCAAAUCCCUAGAAAAGCGGGGCGCCGGUUCGUCAAGCCGACCCGAAACGGAGUCUCUUUACCACUGCGGAGAGUGUGGGAAAACCUUCACGCAUCUCUCCAGCUUGCGGCGGCACCUGCGCAGCCACGGCCUGACGCCCGAAGCCCACGGCAGAAAGUCAGACUGCGCCUCGCCGAGCCCCGAGCGGAUCUUCUGCUGCGGAGACUGCGGGAAACGGUUCAAAAAGCGAGGGCACCUGAUCCAACACAGCGUCACGCACUCUGAGAACCGGCCAUUCGUCUGCAACAUCUGUCAAAAGUCUUUCAACCGUCGCGAGUCGCUCACACGGCACGAGAAGAUCCACGACGAAAAGCCCUUCCGUUGCCCGGCGUGCGGUCGCUGCUUUCGCGAGAGCACCUCCCUCCUCAACCACGCCGCCUCGGGCGCUUGCGGGAAACCUCCGCGAAGUUCUAAAAACCGCACCGUUAGCUCUGCCAACCCAAGCGGCGCAGUGAAAAUGCGCCUUCCCAAUCAGAACUCUGUCGUUCCCGCCGAUAAAUACACCGGAGACUACGCGAGUAACCGCUACCCCGGGCAGGCUUCCUACGACGACGACUACCGUCGUUCACAGGCGUCGUCGCUCUACUCGCCGGACUCCGCCCUUUCUGGGGACUUGAGCAAUCAAACCCUUCGAAAGGCUCCUUUAGCGCCGACCCUUCACCCCCACCCGCAAAGUCAACAACAACAACAACAACAGCAGCACCACCAGCAGCAACCGCAUCUUCCUCUCUCCUCCCUAUUGGACGAUUCUGAGGACGAAGUCACCAGCAGCGCCAUGUCGGCUAUCGCGGCAGCAGCGGCGGCUUCGUGUGACAUUACCGCGGAAGGCAGGGAAGGAGAAAGAAGGGACAUCAUCGGGGGCUUGCUGGGCGGGUUGGGCUUCGGUAACCUCGGUGGACAGUCGACCUCGCCUAACAUCAACGGCUCCACUGUGCCGUUGUCGCACCACAGCCAGCCGCACGCCAAGCCCCGACGGCCGCGCAAACCGCGAGAAAAGCGAGACCCCAACUCGGCGGUCAGGCGGCGGCGGAGUCCGGCGCCCCCGGGCGACGGCUCGGAGCGGCCGUACGGGUGUCAGCUGUGCGGCAAACGCUUCCGGCGGGCCGAGACCCUGCGGCGGCAUAAUCGGGUCCACACGGGCGAGAAGCCGCACGCCUGCGACGUCUGCGGGAAAAUGUUCCGAGAACCCUUCCAUCUCACCAAACAUCUCACAGUGCACUCGGGGCAGAAGAACUACAAGUGUAACCUGUGCGGGAAAAUGUUCGCCUAUGCGCAGAGCCUCGUUAGACACGGCAAGCUGCACAGGAGAGGCGAGAUCGACAACCAGGGACGGAGAAUCAAAGGAGCUGCCGCAGCCGUGGCACGCGUCGCCAACCAGGAAAACUCUGACUUCUUCUCUUCUUGCUCCCAAGAAGAGAAGUCCCCCACGUCGGGGACUCCCUCGCAGCGGCUCUACACCUGUACGGUCUGCUGGAAAUCCUUCCGCCAUUAUUUCCACCUGACGGCGCAUCAGCAGACGGUGCACGGCGGCGGCGUGGGUCUGGAGAAAUCCUUUCGUUGCGAAGUCUGCGGCAAAUCCUUCGCCUACUCCAACAGCCUUGUGCGCCACAAGCUCUCGCAACAUGGCAUCGACCGCAACGGUCAGAGGGCAGUCCAGCAGCAGACGCCCGCGUACUCGCCCGCCUUCUACGACUCCGGCUACGGCGGCACGGCGCACCAGCAGCGAGCCCCGGAGCCGGCGACGCCGCAGCAGGACCCGCGAGACCCGUUUCUUUACCGACCCAAAAAGCAAGAAGGUGGCAGAAGACGACGCAAAAAGAAGCGACGGGUGGUGAUCCACAGUAUCAUGAGGGACGGCAAGCUGGUGGGCGUUCCGCUCAGCAAGGAGACGCGCAGGAAGUUGAUGCUGCUGAGGAAGAGACGGGGCCGGCUGUUGGCGCAGAUGAAUAAGAAGAAGCUCCUGGCGCAGCUGAGGGUACGCGGAGGAGCGGCGGCCGUCAGAUCCUGGUCCGGUGGAGCCGUCAAAGUCAGCGGCCUGCUGUCCAUGGACAUCCUCGUCAAGCGCUUCCCCUGCCCCGUCUGUCCCGGCGCCACUUUCGCAAGGAAGGGCUUCCUGCUGCUGCACCGUGGCGUCCGCCACCCGUCGGGGUGCCGCGCCCGCCUACGCUGCCCUGUGUGCGCCAAGCGCAGCACCAGCCUCUUCAAGGCCCUCCGGCACCGAGGUCGCCACCUCAAGCGCGACGCCUUCUCCUGCCACAAAUGCCGCCGGCGCUUCUGGAACCCGCGGCUCUUAGAGAGACACAAGUUCUCCUGCCGGGCGUCCGCUUCGGCGGGGCGCUGGGCCGACGGCGUGUCCUGGUCGCCGUCAUCGGAUGUCGAGCGCUCGCCGGUCCGCCUACCUCUGCCGUCGCCGGUUCCGCACGAGAGGUCCUCGGUUCUCGCCGAUUACGCUCACUAA